CUCUGUCUGCAGGAGUGUAUUCGAGCGCUGGGCAGAAACAAACCUCACACUCCGUUUAGAGCCAGCAAGCUAACCCAAGUGCUGAGGGACUCCUUCAUAGGAGAGAACUCCAGAACAUGCAUGAUUGCAACCAUCUCUCCUGGAAUGGCGUCAUGUGAAAACACCUUGAACACGCUGAGAUAUGCCAAUAGAGUAAAAGAGUUUGGGAUAAGUCCUUCAGAUAUUCCCUUCAACCAGAGCGGGUGUUCAGGGAGCCGCUCGGACCUCUCCCCAACUUAUGAUGUGAAGGAGCUCUCGAUGGACCCUGAAGCAGUGAUGGACAUCCGUCAGGGAGGAUGUGGUGUCAACCAGCUGGAGGUGCUGGAGGCUCAGUGGGAAGUCGGGAAUUCUCCACAGAGAGAUGAUCUGAAGCUGCUGUGUGAACAGAACGUGGAAGAGGUUUCCCCGCAGCUCUUCACUUUCCAUGAGGCCGUCUCUCAGCUGGUGGAGAUGGAGGAGCAGGUUCUGGAGGACCACAGGGCCGUGUUCCAGGAGUCGAUCCGCUGGCUGGAGGAUGAGAAGGUGCUUUUAGAAAUGACGGAGGAGGUGGACUAUGACGUGGAAUCAUUUGCAACUCAACUUGAACAAAUUCUGGAUCAGAAGAUCGACAUCCUCACCGAGCUGAGAGAUAAAGUCAAGUCUUUCCGUUCUGCACUCCAGGAAGAGGAGCAAGCUAGCCAACAGAUAACCCCGAAGAGGCCUCAUGCACUAUAAACACCCAAUACAAAUGAUAUUUCACUGUAAUACUGACUUGACAAAAGGCAAAGGCCUGCCACUGAGGAGGUCAGUGUUGACUAAAGAGCUCAUGUAGCUCAGUUGUGAUUUUAUGACUUACUGUCUUCUGUGCGUCUGGUCCCACCUCAACCCCUUUGCUGUACAGGCUGCGCUGCUUUCCACCAUGCAUCCGUCCAUCUGUUAUACCAAAGAGCAGUCCGUCUUUGCUCUCUCAUCCUCCUGUGAAGUGUAUUUACAAGGUUUUUCUAUAUGUAAUACAAGUGCUUCAUUUGAAAACAAAAAAAGGUGAAUAAUUAUUUGUUUUACAUACAUUUUUUAUAGAUUCAAAUCAUAGCUUAUCCUCACUUUGGCCAAUUUUAUAAACAACUUUGCCAUUUUGUGCAAUAUUUGGAGGAUUUUAUUCCUGUACUUCCCCUUAUUUCAGCUCAGGGGUGAACAGGGCAUGUCGAGUUUGUGUGUAAAAUGAGCCACUGUGUGUUUGUGUUGAUACUGUAUGUAAUAUAUGUUGGAUUGAGAGAAAGCUUAAAACUCAAAAAUAACCUUGCAUCACAUGAAUUGACCUAAUGGGGGCACUAAAAUCAAAGACAAAACUAUUGAUUUAAGUGUUCCAUAUAAUAAUUACUGAAACAGUAAUUUUUCAUUUGCCAAAAUAAAGAAACUACUUCUUGUUG